CCUCUGCUCAUUUGUUUUGGAGGAGCUGAAGUUGCUGCCCGUGGAUGAGAGGAGCAGGGAUCACAAAACACGAUGCCUCUGGUUCCUGGACACCCUCAUCAAGUUCGGCCACCUGAAAGUGAUCAAGAAGAAGCGAGAUAAAUGGGAUUGCUCGGGCUGGACUCUGAUCCCUAACUUCACCUCAGUGACCUACAACAAUGGCAGUGUCCAGAACUUGGUCUCUGCCUCCAUGAGGGCUAAGAUUGCUGCCUAUGCCAUCACCUUGGCUCUGCACAUCAACAACUUCCAGACAGACCUCACCAUCCUGCAGAAUGACCUGAAGCUCCAGGAGAGCAGGAUGCUGGACAUCGCCAAGGCCCUGAGGCUGAAGGUGAGCACGGCCAAGGGGGUGCCAGGGCUGGAGAGCGACCAGAAGCACCGUCUGGGCACCCUGUCCCUGCCCCUGCCCGAGCAGAAGGCGCCGCAGGGGCAGCGCAAGCGCAAGAAGAUGGACUGA